AUGUCACCUACGCAACCACCAAUCAAUUACAUCCCGGAAGCGAAGAGCGUCCUGGUUCCGGACGAUCAACCGAGGGCGCUCGCCCUUCUAGCCCGGAUUCUGGGCUUAGAACAUGCAAUAUGGGGCCCGGUCUGCGGGGCCCAAACUGACAAAAGGAGAGACGUGCAUAGCUGGUGUGGUGGCACUUGGGAUGUCGCGUUCACCCUGAAGUUCGGGUCGUUCCACCUGCUGGUCACGCCGAGGAGGGCACCAUCCGCUGACAUGACCGUGAUAUUGGCCGCUCGGGGCAUCAAAGCAUGCUCGCUGUCCGGAGACAUGGCAGAACAAGGCAGAACAACAUCCUCCUCGUCCUCCUCGGACGGCCGCCCUCAAACCUCGUUGCUUUCUCCCUAUUGCCAGUCCCCCAAACUGUUCGUCAUCCACCCAACAAGGGCGCGGCACAAGCCGUAGGAAGCUCCCACAUUAGCGGCCCUUUCGUCGUCCAUUGCACGCCUGCUCUGGCCCGAUAGAGAGAAGGAAGAAGAGAGAGAGAGAGAGAGAAACAGGAAGGCGGAACAAAAAAAAAAGUACCAGUAGAGACAGGCUGACUAACAGACAGACAGAUGAAUAAACGAACAGAUGCUGCACCUCAUCUUCAAUGGACCUCAUGCUCCUCAUUUCGCUUGCUGUAACGACUGCUCUGGCUAUGUGUGGUUCAGAAGAUUAACGCCGCCCGAUGUUGCUGGGUUAUGUACAUAUGCGUGCCAAGGCAGGAAAACAAGGGAAAAGAAAGGAAGACAUAUGCGGAUCAAAGGGGUAAGAGAAGAAGCCUAAC